UUCCGUUGCACAGCAUACCGAUUGACGAGCGCAAAUUACAAUCCUAACUUGUAUGCACUUGACUACUUUGUUUUAAUGCAACACAGCUAAAACAAAUGGGACGAAAAGUAACUUUAGCGACAUGCUCCAUAAAUCAGUGGGCGUUAGAUUUUGACGGGAAUAUUGCAAGGAUAUUGAAAAGUAUUGAAAUAGCCAAGUCAAAAGGAGCAAAGUACAGACUUGGACCUGAACUGGAAAUAUGUGGGUAUGGAUGUGCGGAUCACUUCUAUGAGUCAGACACCCUGCUCCACUGUUUCCAGGUCCUCAGAGAGCUCCUGGAUUCUCCUGUCACUCUGGAUAUCAUCUGUGAUGUGGGCAUGCCUGUCAUGCACCACAAUGUCCGCUACAACUGCCGAGUCAUUUUCCUCAACAAGAAGAUACUGUUGAUUCGUCCUAAAAUGUUGCUGGCAAAUGAUGGGAACAACAGAGAAUUCCGUUGGUUUUCCCCCUGGAGUAGACCCAGGCAUGUGGAGGAAUACUUUCUACCUAGAAUGAUACAGGACGUGACAGGACAGGGAACUGUACCCUUUGGUGAUGCUGUUCUUUCAACCACAGACACAUGCAUUGGCACUGAAAUUUGUGUUGAGCUGUGGAACCCCAGGAGUCCCCAUGUUGAUAUGGGUCUGGACGGUGUGGAGAUCUUCACCAACUCCUCUGCUAGCUACCACCAGCUGCGCAAAGCUGACCACCGAGUUAACUUGAUCAAAUCUGCUACCAUCAAGAGUGGAGGUAUCUACUUGUUUGCCAAUCAGAAGGGCUGUGAUGGAGACCGCCUGUACUACGAUGGCUGUGCCAUGAUCGCAAUUAACGGGGACAUCGUCGCCCAAGGAACACAGUUCUCCCUCGAAGAUGUGGAGGUCAUAACUGCCACGCUGGACCUGGAGGACGUGCGCAGUUACCGCGGGGAGCGUUGCCACCCAUACCUGGAAUUUGAAUACAAACCAUCUUACCGAGUAAAGGUGGACUUCUCUCUGUCCGAGAGCCAAGAUAUCUACUUCCCCUCUCACGAGCCCAUUGAGUGGCAGUUUCAUACACCUGAGGAGGAGAUCAGCCUUGGUCCAGCAUGCUGGCUGUGGGAUUACCUCAGAAGAAGUGGCCAGGCUGGCUUCCUCCUGCCUCUCAGUGGAGGGGUGGACAGCUCCUCAACUGCCUGCAUUGUCUUCUCCAUGUGUCACCUGGUGUGUGAGGCUGUAAGGAAUGGAAACAUGCAGGUGUUGAAGGAUGUGCAGCAAGUGGUAAAUAACUGCACCUACACCCCUGAGGACCCCAAGGAACUAUGCAGGCGUCUCUUCACCACCUGCUACAUGGCCAGCGAGAACUCAUCAGAAGACACCCGCAACCGGGCCAAAGAGCUAGCAGCCCAGAUCGGCAGCACCCACAUCAGCUUGAACAUUGACAUGGCUGUGAAGGGCAUACUGGGAAUCUUUUACAUGGUAACAGGAAAGAAACCAGAGUUCCGUGCCAAUGGGGGAAGUACUAGAGAGAACCUCGCCCUCCAAAAUGUGCAGGCUCGUGUCAGGAUGAUUCUGGCCUACCUGUUCGCUCAACUCAGCUUGUGGGCUGAUGGAAGGUUUGGAGGGCUGCUGGUGCUUGGCUCAGCCAAUGUGGAUGAGUGCUUGACAGGAUACUUCACCAAAUACGACUGCUCCAGUGCAGAUAUUAACCCCAUCGGUGGGGUCAGCAAGACCGAUCUCAAGAGCUUCCUGCAGUACUGUGUGGACCAGUUCCAGCUCACAGCAUUGCGCAGUGUCAUGGCUGCCCCUCCCACAGCAGAACUGGAGCCUCUGACGGAUGGCCAGGUUGCUCAGACCGAUGAGUCUGAUAUGGGUAUGACCUACUCAGAGUUGUCUGUGAUUGGUCGACUAAGGAAGAUCUCAAAGUGUGGCCCGUACAGCAUGUUCUGCAAACUCAUCCACACGUGGAAAGAGGCUUGUUGCCCAUCGCAGGUUGCUACAAAGGUGAAGCACUUCUUCCGGAUGUAUUCAGUGAACAGACACAAGAUGACAACCGUAACCCCUGCCUACCAUGCUGAAAACUACAGCCCUGAUGAUAACCGUUUUGAUCUUAGGCCCUUCCUUUACAACACACGGUGGUCCUGGCAAUUCAGGUGCAUCGAUAACCAGGUAUCCAAAAUGGAGACUGAAAAUGACCCUGACUCCAAUAGUAUGCACACAACUGAACAUUACUAGAAACCUCUUUCUCUGUGCUGCUUCACUGUGAGGCUAUAUCAUAGAUUCAGUCCUAUCAAUACGAUUUGUUCAAGUGCCUUUUUUAGUUACUCAUUCUGCUGUGCUCUUUUAAAAACUGAAGAACUGGAAAUCUUGUAUAAUUUGUUCCAUUCCUUUUUGCCUCUUUGCAGGAAAAGCUGACCUGUAAUUUGCAAUUAUAGGUUAAACACAUAUUGUCCAAAAAGCACAGCUUUUUGGACAAUAUGUGCUGACAGAAGACACACUGAAAUCCCAGCAGGUUGUGCUUACUCAACCUUGCUCAUAUGCCCUGCCAGCAUUGAAGUACUGCAUGUGAAUUGUCCUCUGACUUAUAUUAAAAGCUGCAGAUGAAGCGCAGGUGUGAGAUGAGGGUGCUGAGUUUCCAGUGUCCGUCUCAGUGUUGUCACCGGUUGACCUCUUGUUUUUGCCUUUGAUUCCAAUCCAAAUGUGUUGUGUAAUCUGAAAUCUGGAAGUCUCCAGGACAUGCUGGGGGUCAUAGGCUCUCUGUCAAAGUUGACAGACCUUUUUCAGCUACAACAGGUUUUUGUAUCGUUCUGGAUUUUUUUUCAGCAGGGAAAGC